CAGGUAACUGGACUAGUGAAAUUCAAUAAUUUCGCCUUAUGAAACUACUUUUGGAUUCAAAAUCUAGCUUUCAUAAGGUACAUAUGAAACUCAUAUGGUUCAUAUGAUUUGCUUCACUUAAACAUUGAAAUUGCUUACGCCAUACAUAAGCUUUUCAAAACACCGCCUUAUGAAAUUCAACAAUUUUACUUGUGUGAAAAAGUCAUACGUCAAACCUUUGAAAAUACAAAAAUGGCGCCUAUCGUGGUAGACGAGCUAAAGUUGAUAGCAGAUUUGUUAAAAGGAGCUCCCGGAUUAAAUUUGGACCUUUUCCGACGAGCGAAAAUCACAACGAUUCAACUGAUAACAUUUACGGAGACUCAACUAGCAAGCGCGAUAAGAUCGAGCCCGGAUAUCGAUACACCGGUUGACGAAAAGAUAUUAUGGUCCUGGAUUCUCGACUGGCGAAGAAGAAACGUAAGUAGUUCUUAAGUCUUUAAUGCACUGCAACGGAACGGCGACUGUAAUGGCAGGAUUUGACAGUUAGCCCAUAUAUUUUCUGUCAAAUCCUAUCCUUACCGUUGCCAUUCCGUUUUACUGCGUUCGAGGCUUUACGAAACGUAUAUUUCUCCAAACCAGCUGCAGUACGAAAAUUAAUGAAUAUAACUUUUAAUAGGGUCUGGAUAACGCAACAAUCGUUCCGGAAGAACCAGCUCACUCUUCGGUAGAAGUUAAAACUGCAACUGAUCUCGAGGCUAGUAUACUCAAAUCAUAAAAAUGUAAACACAUUUCAUCAUUUUUAUAUUACUUCUAGAACACAUUUACUGGAAAAAGUUGUGAUGCAUCGAUAAACGGUGAAGCAGAAACCGCUGAAUCGACCUCAGAUAAGCCUCUUGAUUUAAAAGUGAGCGCUUCCAAAAUAUACGAUUUAAGUUGCGGCUUAGUCGCCAAUAAGCCCGGCAGCAGUAGGAAUAACUUUACGGGAGGAAGAGUGACGGAAUUUAACGGACAUAUAACAUCAGAGCUCGUAACAGACGGAGAUCCACACAACACAAGUCAAACAAAGCAAGUUCUCGAUCAACCCCCGGAGGCUGACGCCAUCGAUGGUCUGCAAGUUCCAACAUCUUCAGUUGGCGAUACACCUUCCCGUUUGACCCCGGCUCUGCUGAAGGAGCUUAUGCAGCAAACUGUAUACGGCGAACAACUGCUGAAAGCCGCUGAAACUCACUGCUUGUCGGAUUCUGGAAGAAAGUUUGUUGUCGACACUGUGGCAAGGUACCACUUAACCCGAAACUGUAAAACAUCAUCCGAAGUGGUAGAAGAUCUAAGUACAGUAAUAUGCGGACUAUUCAAAAAGGAAAGCAAGGAAACAUAUUACAUUCCGAAAGCCAAGAAUCGUGGUAACCCUGCUGGCAAAUUAUACAGUCGUAUAAAUUAUAUUAAACAAUCAGAACGUAAGCGUGAUCAAAAAGAGAAGCAUCACAUUUCAACGGACAACGAUUUGGAUAACGAACAACUGUUACCCGAGGUAGCAACAGCAUUGGCCUGGUUGGAAAUUAAUAGGUUUCCUUGGGCGACUGUCCUGUCACAAUGGGAACUAAGUUUUCCUGCCAGAAAAGCUGAUCUACGUCAGUUUUCUAAGGCCGGUCAAUUAAUCAAUACUUACCCACACCUCUCAAAUGAGUGUGGAUAUCAACUGCUGGAUAUCGAGUACCGUAAACUUGGUCUGGGAAAUCCGACGGAACCAUCGAAGAAGUGGAAUUCAUUGUUUGAGCCCAUUGCAAAAUAUAUCAGCAAGUAUGCUAAGGAUCCAUCAGCCAAAGACUUGUCAUAUGCUUUGAGAAAUAACGAGCUAUCGAUCGAUUGUCGACUACUGAAUUUACUUCUGGCUUUAAAUACGGUGCUCAUUCCAGUUAAGGCCUCAAAAGGUUUUAAGCCGACGGUAGCCACGGGCCAAGCAGAGACAUUUCUGUUAGUCGACAACAAGGAUCAAGCACUCACUGAGUUGGAGAAAACUAUACAAAUAUACGAAGAACAGAGGUUUGCAAUUGCUCCGAAGCUCAUCGUCGUUGGAGAGAACUUGACUGCUGCUACAGGUGAAUGCCUGGUGGUAUAUAAAGAUAUAAUCUACAAUCUUCCAACUAUUGUGCGUGGAGUUGACGUAUUGUUGAAACUACAAAUAGUCCUUGGAUUACCGGUUGCCAAGUUUUCAAAAUUGGUGUGGGUAUUCAUCGAGCAAUUCGUAUACGAAGUACCUUCGAAUUAUGGCGGCUAUUUAUGUAUCAAUAAGUUAAUCCAGUUUUUGAAUAGCCAGUCUGAAAAUCAGCGAUAAUGUUACCGUGCUGCAUAGUAGAAUGUGCUUGUCGAUUCAAGACAGCAGAGGAACUGAUUGUCCAUGUUCAACGUACACAUAAGCCUCCAGUCGAUUUUCUAUAUAAGUGUACAUUCCCAGGAUGCAUUCAAAUAUGUUCAAAAAUAUAUAGUUUUAAGAAACACGUAAAAACUCAUAAGUUUGAUUCAGUAGAGUUCAAUAUGCUUGAAUAUCGCAUUGAAAUUGAUAACGAUUUGAAAAUUGAAGAACCAGCAAAAAAGGUCAGAAAGACUGACAUCGGCAAAGAUAACAGUGAAUCAACCAUCGACAAAAAUUUGAAUUUCAUACAAAAAACAGCUGUAGAGUUCACGUUAGAUAUGCAUCAGAGACCCAACUUUUCUAGAUGUGAUGUACGUGACAUACAAAGGGCCACUCAACAAUUUUGUUCCGAAGCUAUUCAGCCUAUUCGUAAGCUAAACAUGACCGUAGGAAAUUCAGAAACCCAGUAUCAGUUCGAGGUAUAUUUGUCUCAAUUACAACAUUGUUUUGAUUUCAUAGACAGCGAUUUCAAAUUUUUUAAACAUCUUGAUAACAUUGGUAUUUUCAAAGCACCAGUAACAGUUACAUUGAAUCAGCAUCCAAAUCAUAACCAAUCAAUACCUGCGGAAUGUAGACAAUCGUGUUUAGUCUUGAAUCAAAUUGAAUUUCAAAUUCGAACUUUUUUCGAAAUUGACAAUG